AUGAUUCAGGUGUCCAUUCCCGGAUUUCGGCAGAUUGUCAGCGAUGAUGAGAGACCUUAUACGGUAUAUCAGAUCAAUGUCAAAGUAUCAGGAAGAAUCCAUUCAAUUGACAAGAGAUACAGAGAGUUUCAUGCCCUUCAUAAACAGGUGAAAAAGAAAUUUGACACUCCAGAUUUCCCGCCCAAGAAAGUGCGUCAGCUGAGCUCCAGAGGGAUGGAGCAAAGGAGGGUCGCAUUGGAAGCUUACCUUCAGGGUCUGCUUGAUAAGGAUUCUAUUCCUAAAUCGCUGCUCACAUUCUUACAUGUGAAGAAUUUCAGAGCCAUCAGCUAUGAUUCAUUGGAUGAUUUAGAUACUAAAGAAACCUCAACUCACCAGCCAGUAAUGAGCUUUGAAAGUGAUCCAUUCUUGAAUGCCUCGCCUCCAGAGGGGGGUAUUCCAGAUAUCUUGACGGAGGGAGUGCGGCAAGGAUUAUAUGAUGACCCUGAAAGUUCCAGUUCAGCAUCUUAGGACAAGAUACACUGUAAAAAAUGUGUUAAAACUGACACCAAUUGGUGUUAAUAGAGGACCACACCCUGAGGUGUUAAA